AUUUCGUGAACACCAGCAACAGCGGAAGCCAGAUUUUUGAUAGCUGCAGCACGGGGACCGUUGUGGGAAAUUUAACAAAAUAAUAAUACAGCGAGUGGAUUUCCAACAACAAAGAUGUCUCGGGGUUCGAUUGAAAUCCCCUUACGGGACACGGAUGAGGUUAUUGAGUUGGAUUUCGACCAGCUUCCUGAGGGGGAUGAAGUAAUCAGUAUCCUGAAACAGGAGCACACUCAGCUACACAUAUGGAUCGCCCUGGCGCUCGAGUACUACAAGCAGGGGAAAACGGAGGACUUUGUGAAGCUGCUGGAGGCAGCGCGUAUCGAUGGCAACCUGGAUUACAGGGACCACGAGAAGGACCAGAUGACCUGUCUGGACACGCUGGCUGCCUACUACGUCCAGCAGGCUCGCAAGGAGAAGAACAAGGAUGCCAAGAAAGAGCUCAUCACACAGGCCACCCUGCUCUACACCAUGGCGGACAAGAUCAUCAUGUAUGACCAGAACCACUUGCUGGGUCGCGCCUGCUUCUGUCUCCUGGAGGGGGACAAGAUGGACCAGGCCGACGCUCAGUUCCACUUUGUCCUGAAUCAGUCCACCAAUAACAUCCCCGCUUUACUGGGUAAAGCCUGCAUCUCCUUCAACAAAAAAGAUUACAGAGGGGCUCUGGCCUACUACAAAAAGGCUUUACGUACAAACCCUGGAUGUCCGGCUGAGGUGAGGCUGGGGAUGGGCCACUGCUUCGUGAAGCUGAACAAGCUGGAGAAGGCCCGCCUGGCGUUCGGCCGGGCUCUGGAGCUCAACUCCAAGUGUGUGGGCGCCCUGGUGGGCCUGGCCGUGCUGGAGCUCAACAGCAAGGAGGCCGACUCCAUUAAGAACGGGGUGCAGCUCCUCUCCAGGGCCUACACCAUCGACCCCAGCAACCCCAUGGUGCUCAACCACUUGGCCAACCACUUUUUCUUCAAAAAGGAUUACAGCAAAGUGCAGCACCUGGCUCUCCAUGCCUUCCACAACACAGAGGUGGAGGCCAUGCAGGCGGAGAGCUGCUACCAGCUAGCCCGCUCCUUCCACGUCCAGGAGGACUACGACCAGGCCUUCCAGUACUACUACCAGGCCACCCAGUUUGCCUCGUCCACCUUCGUGCUGCCCUUCUUCGGCCUGGGCCAGAUGUACGUGUACCGCAGAGACAAGGAGAAUGCAGCCCAGUGCUUUGAGAAGGUGCUGAAGGCCUACCCCAACAACUACGAAACCAUGAAGAUCCUGGGUUCUCUCUAUGCCACCUCCGAUGACCAGGAGAAGAGAGACAUAGCUAAAGGCCACCUGAAGAAGGUGACAGAGCAGUAUCCGGACGACGUGGAGGCGUGGAUCGAGCUGGCUCAGAUCCUGGAGCAGACGGACAUCCAGGGGGCUCUGUCGGCCUACGGGACGGCCACCCGCAUCCUGCAGGAGAAGGUCCAGGCCGACGUGCCCCCGGAGAUCCUGAACAACCUGGGGGCUCUCCACUUCCGACUGGGCAACCUGGGGGAGGCCAAGAAAUACUUCCUGGCGUCCCUGGAGCGGGCCAAGGCCGAAGGCGAACACGACGAGCACUACUACAACGCCAUCUCCGUCACCACCUCCUACAACCUGGCCCGCCUCUACGAGGCCAUGUGCGAGUUCCAGGAGGCGGAGAAGCUCUACAAGAACAUCCUGAGGGAGCAUCCCAACUACGUGGACUGUUACCUGCGUCUAGGUGCGAUGGCCCGCGACAAAGGGAACUUCUACGAAGCUUCCGACUGGUUCAAGGAGGCUCUGCAGAUCAACCAGGACCACCCAGACGCCUGGUCCCUGAUCGGGAACCUCCACUUGGCCAAGCAGGAGUGGGGGCCGGGCCAGAAGAAGUUUGAGCGCAUCCUCAAGCAGCCGUCCACCCAGAACGACACCUACUCCAUGCUGGCGCUGGGGAACGUGUGGCUGCAGACCCUGCACCAGCCCACCAGGGACCGCGAGAAGGAAAAGAGACACCAGGACCGAGCCCUGGCCAUUUACAAGCAGGUCCUACGGAACGAUUCCAAGAACCUCUACGCGGCCAACGGCAUAGGCGCCGUGCUGGCCCACAAGGGCUACUACCGCGAGGCCCGCGACGUCUUCGCCCAGGUGAGGGAGGCCACGGCGGACAUCAGCGACGUGUGGCUCAACCUGGCUCACAUCUACGUGGAGCAGAAGCAGUACAUCAGCGCCGUGCAGAUGUAUGAGAACUGUCUGAAGAAGUUCUACAAGCAUCAGAACACGGAGGUGCUUCUGUACCUGGCCCGGGCUCUCUUUAAAUGUGGGAAACUGCAAGAGUGCAAGCACACCCUGCUGAAGGCUCGUCACGUGGCCCCCAGUGACACGGUGCUGAUGUUCAACGUAGCGCUGGUGCUGCAGAGGCUGGCCACGCUGGUGCUGAAGGACGAGAAGAGCAACCUGAAGGCCGUCCUCAGCGCUGUCAAAGAGCUGGAGCUGGCCCACCGGUAUUUCAGCUACCUCAGCAAGGCUGGAGACAAGAUGAGGUUCGACCUGGCGCUCGCCUCAACAGAAGCCAGGCAGUGCUCUGACCUGCUGAGCCAGGCCCAGUACCACGUGGCGCGGGCCAGGAAGCAGGAUGAGGAGGAGAAGGAGAUGCGAGCGAAGCAGGAGCAGGAGAGAGACCUGCUGCGCCAGCAGAUUAUGAAGGAGCAGGAGGACAAGAGAACCAAGGUGGUGGAGGAGCAGAAGAAGCUGCUGGAACAGAGGGCCAUGUACGUGGAGAAGACCAAGAACCUGCUGUCCUUCGCUGAGGGGAUGAAGGAGCCGGCCAAGGAGAAGAAGAAGGGCAGGCGUAAGAAGGGAGGGGACUUUGAUGAGUUUGUCAACGACGAUUCGGACGAGGACCUGCCCCUCAAGAGGAAGAAGAAGAGGAGAGGCAGCGGCAGCGAGGACGGGGAGGAGGGCGAGGACGGGAAGUCCCGCAAGAAGAGGAGAAGACCUGCCAAAGGAGGCGAUGAUGGCAGUGAUGAUGAAGAGGGCGGCUCCCGACCCAAGAAGCAGCGUAAACCCAGAGGGGGCAAGAAGAUGGAAAGGGCCAAGCCAGAGCGCAUGCCACCCUCCCUCAAGGGGAAGAUCAAGUCAAAGGCCAUCAUAUCCUCUUCCGACUCCUCGGAUGAGGACGGGCUGAAGAUAGCUGAGGACAGGAACCCCAGAGACAGUGGUUCUGGUUCCGAGGAUGAGGCUGGACACAGGAAGCGGCUGGGGUCCGACAGCGAAUCGGACGGGGGCCGCGACCGCUCCGGUAGCGAGGCGGGAAGCCCCCAGCAGCGCUCCGGAGGCUCCGGCGAUUCCGGGAGCGACCGCCCGGUGAAGAGGAGGAGAGCGCAGCAGCAGUCCGACUCGGAGCAGUCCGACAACGAGAGCAAGAGGAGCCGCUCCAACGUCUCAGAGGACGAGUCUCGGGCCGGCUCCCCCGCCCCGGCCUCAGACAGAGGCUCAGGCAGAGGCUCGGACAGAGGCUCCGAGGCGGGCUCAGACAACGAGGGCUCCCCGCGUCGCUCCGACAACGCCUCAGAACCCGAGGGUUCUAACAACGGGGGCUCCAACCGCGGCUCCAACCGCGGCUCCGACGACGACAGCGACUGAGCCUGACUCUGAACAAACAGACUCUUACAUCACAUGAAAAUAUGUCCCUUUGACAUGGAUUUUUGUAGAGGCUCUUUUAUUUUCUGUCUUGAUUUGCGUCUAAAAGAAGCACAGAAUUGUUGACGGGGUUGUCUUAGCUAGUAUAUGGUUGUCGGGCUGUGAAAAAGGUCUAACGUCGAUUGCUGUACCUUUUUAUAUCCUCUUAUGUUGUUGAUGGCGACGGACAAUUUGAUUGUUAAAAGUGAAAGUCUUGAGGAUGUAACCCCUAUUUUGUAUUUGACAUCAUUUGAAAAGAACAUUGAGAAAACAGCCCCAGAUAUGAGUUAAAUGUAUAUAAUAAACACUGAAAAAUG